AUGGAGGUCGCCAACCUUUCUUCGUCCCUCUCCCAGCCCCAAGGCCCACCUCAUGUCGCCCAAGGUCUGGGAGGUAGUGAUGAACAGUUCGACAUUAUCCGACUAAGCAAGAUUGCCGAGUGUUCAGGAAGCGGAACCGCUGAGAACUAUUUCUCGACCCGUCUGAUGUGGAGGAGUGGUGGAGAGGGCGGGCUGUACCUGUAUGCGGCCAUGUCUGCACCAGGCUCGUGCGAUCGGAGUUUGGACAAGCAUUUCAAGCUGGAACAGAAGCGUAUUUAUGCCGUCAGGAUCCCAGAGGACAAGGAGGCCUUGUCUUCUUCCUCCUUGAGCAGUUCCAGUGGUCUCCAGCGUCGAUCAGAGGGUGACUCGUGUAUGGAUGGGAUGAAGGUCAAGUUCAUGUUCUGGUCGUACUUUGGGGGCCAUGAAGAGCCUUCGUUGCAGACACGGAUCGCACGGUUCUUGAUGCCUUGGAUAUCCGAGAGUUCUUCUCAAGAACAGAGCAAGGAGACAGAACAGAUCGAUGACGACAAGACUGCCGAGGAUACUUCAGCAGGAGACCAUCAUACAACUGAGGCAGAGGACGAGGAUAACACAGGCCGCAGAACGAGUACCUCUAAUGACCAGGACGAAAGCAUAGAGAUCAUCGAGGACUCGGAUCCAGUGGCUACUAUGCGUACUGAAGACUCUCAGUUGACAUUGAUCGCACCAUCGCAGGAGGAUGAAAGUAACUUGACCCCAGAGGGCAGCUUCGUAGAAGGAAGCGUGACAGAUGCUGCUGAGGAUUUGAUCGAUGCCGCGCGCCGCAUGGAGAGAGAGGAGAGCCUUGUUAGCGGACUAGAUUCAGAUGCAGGAACCGAUCGCAAAGAGUUGAAGCGCAGCUCUAGGAAACGCGAUUCUCGUCAAUCCACACCCGUCCGGGCAACACGAAGAUCAACGCGCAGUCAGACCUCCAGACUGGACGAGGAAGUCAUCAUCACACAGGAGACCACCACCACUACUACCAUAUCUCACGAGAACGUCAUCUUAAACACAGUUCAUGCCGAGCCAUCCGAGAUCAGCGCAGAGCCAACUCAGGAAACCCCGGAAAUUCAGGAAAUCCAAGAGCCAACACCCAAGGGCGGCAAGCGGAAGAAGAAAGGCAAGAAGGGCUCCAAGCAGAAGGCCAACGACGAUGUCGAUGCCUUAGACCAGGAGUUGACUCAAUCUGAUGCAAGGAUUGCGGAUAAGAUCCAAAAGUCCCAGGACCUCAUUGAUGCGUCGGAGGAGCUCUUGCAUCAAUCAGAAUCACUGGAUGAGCGGGCUGAACGAGUCUUGGCAGAUUCUGAGAACCCAUUCUCAACCGGCACAGAUGAUGACGAGGAGGCGUUUGCCCAACGCGAGGACGACGAGGAUCAGACAUUCCACUCCACCAAGCAGUUUGAGACUGCUGAUGAUGCUGAAGAGGAGAAUGACGAGUCAGAGUCCCCGUUAUACCCCGUACUGGAUGAGGAGGUGGAUGUGAAGUUCUACCCUGACGACGAAGAAGAUGACCAGGAGAAUGCAGACACGGUCAAGUACUAUGCUUCAGAGUCACCAGCUGCCACAGGACCUAUUGAUGUCGAGAUGGAUGACGAGGCCCAGACAUCACCCGAAGAGGACGUUCAGGAGCAGGAGCAGGAGCAGGAGCAGAACAGAGCACACGAGAAAGAUCUUCAGGAACACGCCAUUAUUGCACUUGAGCCACCAAGCCGGAACCCCUCGCCACCCGCUGCAACUCUUUCUUCAGCUAGCCCCUUGAUGGAUGGGGAGGAAGUCGCCUUCUCUCCCAUGGUACUGAGCCGUUCGCCCACACCAACCUUUGUACCAUCAACCCCACCAGCCACCGAACGCUUUGAAGACUGCCUGCCCAUUGUCACCCCCAAGGCCGAACGAAUGAAGCCCAAGUCUGCGAUCGAGGAGGCGCUCCCAAUGAGCAAUGUUGAGUUCCUGGCAGACUUUUUCAAGGAGCAGAAUGGACGAGCCCUCACACGCGAGCAGGCGAACCACUGUCAGAGAUUGAUCGAGGAAGCCGUCAGACCAUACACAUCGACUUCAAAACGAUCAGGUAUAGAAGGCGUUUCUUCAUCCAUGGAGACACUCAUAUCAGCACCGGGCCACGCAUCUCCUAUCACGACACACGCCACCUUGAUACCGGAACAAAACAGCCCAAUGGAACCCACCACAACAUCUAUCGCCAAUGCUACCCACAGAGUUCCAAAACGGACAGCGCCGUUCGAGGUCAAGCGACAAGCCAUCAGCGAUCUGUAUCAUGAUGGCAAGGCAGAGACUGCACACCGUCCAGCAUUGCCUCCAUUGGAUGAGUACCUCGAAAUCAAGAAGUACGAAGGCGUUGACUGGGAUGAUCUGCCCAACCAGGUCAAGGUGAAGCGCCUAUUGGAAUGGAAGGGCACCGAGGCACCCGAGGUUCUGAAGAAGCGCAAGAUCGAAGAGAGGCGGCUGAUGAAGGAGAAGAACGCUGAGGUCUGGGGCCGUGACAAGAAGGACGAUGCCUCUGAGCACGCUACCAAGGGCGCGUCGGCCUUCAAGCGUACCGCCACCACGUCUGGCAUGAUUUCUGAUGACGAUGAGGAGUCCCUACAGCGCAAGAAGCCUUCCACCAGCACAGCCGCCACUGUGUCUCCCUCUUUGAUCGCACAACCAGCUCUUACAGUCGCCGCUGCUGCUGUCACAGCUAAUGCAGUCACCAAAGAUGCCAAGGCUGCGGAUGCACCCAAGGUGUCGUCGAUCGCCCAGAAGCUAUUGGAUAUUGUCGGCAAGGACUCGAUGGCCGAGGACGAGGAUGCUACGAAGAAGAGUGUCGAGAAGACUAUCGACAACGUUGCCAAGACCACUGCUGCAGAAAAGACCACCCCUCCUGCGACUCUAGCCGUUGCCAGUCCCUUCAAUUUCGGUGUCCCUUCGGUUGCCAAGGAGAGCACAUCGGAGGCUUCAAAGCCUGUUACCUUCUCAUUUGGAACGCCAGCCGCUACUGGAUCAACCCCGGAAGCAGCAUCAUCGGGAAGCAUCUUCGCCAAGCCUGCAACGAUCACACCCGUGCCUGCUUCCACUUCGACACCACCACAGUCGUCUGCACCUGAAUUUUCAUUUUCGACCCCAACCUCUGAUUCCAAGGAGGUCUCAAAGUCACCAUCCAACUUUGGCGUCUCAGAAACCUCUCCAGCAGCAUUCUCGGGUGUAUUGGCAACGGCAUCGCCCUUUGCGCUCGGGUCGGGCUCUUCGAAGGAGACCACUACGACGGCCACAACCAAGCCAGCAGCUUCACCUUUUGGUGCUGCCUCCAGCUUCUCUUUCGGCGAUGCCAAGUCACCCAGCGCAGAAAUGCCAACAACUUCGCCAUUUGGUGCCGCUCCUACCUCCGGCUUCAGUUUUGGUGCUCCAAAGUCGCCCACCGCGGAAAAGACCACCUCGUCGCCCUUUGCUGUUGCCGGUUCUGGAUUUUCCUUCGGCGUUCCAAAGCUGCCUACUGCUGAAAAGUCAACGGCGUCACCAUUCGGCGCGUCGUCUGGCAUCUCAUUCGGCGCUUCCAAGUCACCCAGCGCAGAAAAGUCGACGACGUCUCCAUUUGCCGCUGCCUCUGGUUCUGGAUUCUCAUUCGGUGUUCCCAAGUCGCCCAGUGCUUCCAAGUCGACCACCUCACCCUUUGGUGCGGUCUCGGACUCUCCAUUUGGCCCCACAGCAGAAAAACCUUCCACAUUCUCAUCCAGCGGCUUUUCAUCGUUCCCCUCCACCAGCGCAGCCACAAGACCUACUGCUGCUCCAACCUUCAACUUUGGCGUCACUCCAGGAUUUGCAGCUGCUGGCGCCUUUGGUGGAGCUGCUGCUGCUGCUGCUGCUGCUGCUUCUUUUGCCCCUGCCAAGUUUGGCAACUCGACUGGGUUCGCAUCGGCCAACCCCUUUGCAGCCGUCACGUCUAUGGGAUUGAAGAAAAAGGACGAAGAACCAGAGGUGAUUCUGUUGAGCGACGAAGAGGAUGGCGAGGGGGAUGGGGACGAUGAUGGUGACAAUGAAGGACUGGAGGAGGGGUACUCAGGAAACGAGGACCAAUAUGACGACGACGAAGAUGAUCAGCACGAGGGCACUGGUAGCUAUGAGGGUGAGGAAGAUGAUUAUUCUCAAGAGGAUAGCUAUGGUGGAGAGGAGGAUGACUAUGGCGAUGAAGACGGCGAUGAGGAUGAUCAGGAGGAGGAUGACGACGACGAGGCCAAGGCCAAGGCUGUUCAGGCAGCAUCAAAGCCCGGCGGAAUGUUCAACUUUGCACCAAGUGGCAAUCCUUUUGGACAGGCUGUUUCGUCGUCAUCGACUGCUUCGGUCUUUAGCCGGCCGGCACCCAAGUCUCCCGAGUUUGACUUUACGUUUGGGUCGUCGAGCAACACAACGAUGACGACUAAGUUUAACGGCGGAGGUGGAUUUGGAGGCUUCUCUGGAUUCGGUGCAGGACCAUCAACAACUACACCUACUACUAAGCCUCGGUCAAGCGGCAGCGGCAAUAUUUCUGAUCUGGAGAUGUCGCCAGUGUUGACGUAUAGAGCAGGAAGUGUUGACACGGAUGAGGGCGAGAUCUCGCCUUUGUCGAGCCCUGUCCUUGGUCCACAACACUAA